ACACGAUAGACGUUUCAUACAUUUUGGAUGAGCUGCAGAACAUUGAAUCUUUCGCAAUUUUAAUAUCAGCAGUUAAUUACGGCAGUGCAGUAGCGAAACAUGCAAAUUUUCAUAGCCACCUGUAUAAAUAAUUUUACGAUUCUGCUUAUGAUGUCGGCCAGAAACAUUUCGUUGCAAAUGGCUCUUUUGCUGGUAGCGAUCAGUUUUUAUUGCGUAGCAGAUGGACUCGAGAACGGACUGGCACGAACCCCGCCGAUGGGCUGGAUGCCGUUUGAGAGGUUUCGCUGCAUGACGGACUGCGCUCGUUUUCCGAGGGACUGCAUCAGCGAGACGCUCAUCAAACGUACAGCGGAGCUGCUGAUAUCCGGGGGGUACGCCGCUGUGGGAUAUCAGUAUGUAAUAAUCGACGACUGUUGGAUGGAAGCCUCUCGCGACGAGACUACGCACGAGCUUUUGCCGAGUUUGGAGCGAUUCCCCACCGGUAUGAGUUCUCUCGGUGAUUAUAUUCAUAGCCUAGGGCUGAAAUUUGGACUUUACCACGAUAUAGGUGAGAAGACCUGCAUGUUCCGGGGACCUGGAGCUGCUCGACAUUUUGACCUAGAUGCCCAGACAUUCGCCAACUGGGGCGUCGAUUACGUAAAGAUGGAUGGUUGUUAUGCAAGCGAUGCGGACCUCGACAGAGGCUAUCCCGCAUUUGGCAGGGCACUGAACAGGACGGGUCGUCCCAUUGUGUACUCCUGCAGUUGGCCAUUUUAUAAGUCACAGCCAGACUACUCAAUAAUUUCGCAACAUUGUAAUCUUUGGCGGUUCGCAGAAGACGUAAAGGACUCGCUGACAUCGGUGACUAAUAUAAUGACGCGAUUCUCUAGCAUUCAGAAUCUUUUGACCGCGCAUUCUGGCCCUGGUCGCUGGAAUGAUCCUGACAUGCUUGUUCUGGGAAACUUUCGGUUGAGUUAUGAUGCCAGCCGCCUGCAAAUGGCUAUUUGGGCUGUGCUUGCGGCUCCUUUGAUUAUGACCAACGACUUGGAAACCGUACGACCAGAAGUAAAGGAGCUGCUACAGAACCGCGAUAUAGUAGCGAUUGAUCAGGACCCGCUGGGUUUGUCUGGAAAAAAGAUUCUGCAAUGGCGAAAUAUACAGGUUUGGGCCCGCCCCGUAAGACCGGUUAACGACUAUGGCGAGAGCUCGUUUGCAGUAGCAUUCGUCAACCUGGGGGGCUUUGGUGUCUGCCCUUUGUGUCCGCAAACAUUCCAUGUGUUGUUGUCUCGCCUUGGUCUACAAAGUAGCAUGGGAUAUUGGGUGGUGGACUUAUUCAAUAAAAACCAUAGCUUAGGUUUCUUUAAACCAAAAGAUAAGUUUAUCACGCGAGUUAACCCGGAAGGAGUGACGUUCUACAAGUUUACAGUAGGACAUUCCUACUGAUGCGUUAAAUAACAAUUACUGGACGAGUUGCACACCAAAGAUUUUGAGGUUAAGCUAUUGCCCUCCUUCCGUACCGCAGUGACUUCUAACAGUAACCUGCUUUGAUUUGUGCCCUUCUCAAUAUUUUCCUGAUAAAACAAUGAACUUGGAUUUCUGUGUUACAUAUAAAAAUAAGACUGUGUACUCCAACUACACUUCCCCUCUGCCCCUCUAGAACAUUUUUUGUCCUGCUUCUGUAGCCACACAUGCAAUGUGUUCAUUACCUUAUCUACCUAGAAUAUUGAAGACGGGCCGCCAUGUUAAGGGGGGAUAUACAUGUAAGC